AUGAACGCAAUAACACGACACCCGUUCAAUUCCAGCAGCGCCUCGUCUUGGGCCCACCUCGCCGCGCCUGCCGCUCCCCGCCACGCCGCGUCGGCCGCUCCCCGCUCCCCGCCGCGGGCCUGCCUCGCCGCGCUAGCCACUCCCUAUCGCGGGACUGCCUCGCCGCAUCCUGCUGCUCCCCGCCGCGCCGGCUGCGCCCCGUCGUGGCCCCACCUCGCGCCCCGGCCGUGCUCCGCCGCCGCUGCCACGGGCCGCAGCCCGCUCCCCGUCGCAGACCCGCCGCGCCGGGUGCUUCUCGCCGCGCCGGCUCCCCACCGUGGACCAGCUCGCCGCGGCCACUCCUCGCCGCACCGACGGUUCCUCGCCGCGGCCGCUCCUUGCUGCUGCUCCCAAUCGCAGACCCGCCGCGCUGUGCCGGCGGCCCCCUGCCCCGGCCACGCCUCGCCGGCGCCACCUUGA